UUUUCCGCUGUUCCUUCCUCGCGCGCCGUCGGUUUCAUCAUCCAGUAGUCUCCACGCACAGAGAAACCAACAAGCUCAAUCAUGGCGGAACAGACGGAGAAGGCCUUCCUCAAACAGCCGAAGGUUUUCCUCAGCUCAAAGAAGACUGGCAAGGGAAAGAGGCCUGGUAAGGGAGGGAAUCGAUUCUGGAAGAGCGUUGGGCUCGGCUUCAAGACUCCCCGAGAUGCCAUUGAAGGAACUUACAUUGACAAGAAGUGCCCGUUCACUGGAAAUGUCUCCAUCAGGGGUCGUAUUCUGGCUGGUACCUGCCAUAGUGCAAAGAUGUCGAGGACAAUCAUUGUUCGGCGCAAUUACCUCCACUACAUAAAGAAGUACCAAAGGUAUGAGAAGAGGCACUCAAACAUCCCAGCCCAUGUUUCACCAUGCUUCCGUGUCAAGGAGGGAGACCAUGUCAUCAUCGGCCAGUGCAGGCCAUUGUCAAAGACUGUAAGGUUUAAUGUUUUGAAGGUCAUUCCAGCCGGGUCUUCUUCUGCCUUUGGGAAGAAGGCAUUCACCGGAGCAUAAGAUAGCAAUGCAGGCAUUAUCCUAGAGUUAUUUAUGCAACUACAUUAGAUUGAGUUUCUUUUGGAACAUCUGGUUUUUGCCAAGUUGAUUUGCACCGUUAUGUAAUCUGAAUGUUAAGGUUUUCUUUGGAACCAUAAUUUUGAAUCCCAAAAUACUGUGUUUACCUGGUUAA